UAAUAAUAUGUUAGGCAAAAAAUAGAGUUCAUAUGUUGGGUUCAAUCCAUUUAGUAAAUAUACUAAAGAAAAACCAAGUAUAACUACUAAAAUCAUCAACAAAUUGAAAAGCAUGUUUUAAAUCAAUUUAAAUCCAUCAUCUUGUAUAUAAAGAGAACUGAUAUCUUAAUAGACAAUAUAUGUUCCUGUCAAUUCUGAAAUAUUUGGAGCAUAAACUAUAGAAUAAGGUAAAUUGAAUAUAUUCAUAUUAGAUUCUAUAUAAAUUCACAAUUCUUAGAGUAGCUGUAGAUAAAAAAGAAAUAAAUUUACGAGCUUUGAUGAUCAUUUAAAAGAAUAGUAAAACAUACUAGUAUAAUAAAAUGAUUAGUCAUCAAAAGUUAAAUAAAAAGAAGAAAAACACUUGAGAAAGAUAAAUUGUAAAUAUUAAAAACUCUAAAAACUAGCUUAAAAAUAAAGUUAUGAACCUGUUUUACCAGAAGAUAUAGAUUAGGCUGAUAUUUAAGACAAUAAGAUAAUAUAACCACGUCGUAAACUUAGUUCUUAAUAAUAUAAAAAGAGAAAAUUAGAUGGUAUGAAUUUUAAAUUAUUUUAGAAAAGAAGAAAUCUGUUGGGAUUAAGUUUAUACAUAAGAAACAUAUUUAGGAUUAAAUUUAAGAUAGUAUAAAUGAAAGUAGAAUAUAAGAAGUUCCAGAAUAAAUUAGUGAUGAUUCUCUUAAAAAUAAUAGUCUUUUGGCAGGCGGGUUAAAAGAGGAGCCAUAAAUUAAAGAAAUUAUUAUUGUUUAAUUAAAAGAUGAAAAAUCAAAAUAACCAGAACCAUUAAUACUUAAUGCUAAUGAAAUUAUAGAAUUUCAAUCAAAAGGAUUAAAGAAGUCAUAAUCCAUGAUUAAUUUAAAUGAAUAAGAAUCAAAAGCAUUUUCAUGUAGUCCUAAAAAUGUAGAUAAUUCACAAUCUAGAAAAUAAUCUGAUGUUUUAAGUAAACCUAAUGAAAUUAAAUAAAUUGAACUGUAAAAAGAAUAGCAUGUUCAAUUUAAAGAAUAAAAAACAUAAGAUGAUAAAAAUAUAGAAUCAUUAAAAUAACCUUAAUAAACUAUAAUUAAUUUCUUAGUGUAAGGACCUACAAAAUUAGAUAAACCUUAAACUAUUCCUUCAUUAUUUAAUAAUUUAUAGAAAGAACUUAUUGAAGAUAAAAAACCUAUUGAAUAACAUGAAAAAAAUUUUAAUAAUUUAUCAGAUACUCCUUUAUUUGGAAUUUUUAAAAAUAGUGAAAAUCUUUAAGGAUAAUAACCACAUAGUAAAAUAAAUGUUUAAUCAUCUCUCUUUGCAUCUUAUGAUUCUAAAGACUUAAAUCAAUAACAAUCUUCAGAUUAAAGUUCUGGUUAAAAUUUAUAAUAAAAUUAAUUUACUUUUCUUCAAAAUAAACCAAAUAAUUAAGAAGCUUAAUAAUAACCAUCGAAUUCAGAAUCUUCUAGUUCAAAUGUAAAUAAUAAAAAAGAUUCUUUAGAUGUAUAACCUAAAAUUGAAGAAAACAAUUAAAUUUAUAGUAAUUUCAAUAAUACAACUGGAAUUCAAAAUGAUUAGUUUAAUACAAAUGAUUAAUUUAGAACUAAGAAACUUUUUUAAAAUUUUAUAAAUGUAUCCCAAUCCAUUCAAGGAGAAUAAAAAGAAGAAAAGAAAUAAGAUUAAGUAGUGGAAAAUUUAGAAGUAAAAAAGAAACCAGAAGAAUAAAAAUAAGUAGGUUUAUUCGCAGGAAUUACAUUUGUAAAUCCAGAAAUCAAAAAUAAUGUAGAUAAUAAUAAUAUUAAAUUAAAUAAUAAUAAAGAAACACCUAUUCCCUAAUUUUCAACUCUUUUUAAUAAAUUAUCUAAUGAUAAUAAUAACAAAGAAAAAUAAUCAGGUAGUUUAUUAUUUGGUGGUACACUUUUUAAUUAAACUGAAAAAGAAAAACCAGAAGUUAAAGUAGAUAAUUAACCUCCUUUUUUGAAUAAUGUUAAUAGUAUACAAAUUAAUAAAAUUCAAGAAAAAGAAGAUAAAGAAACAGCUAACUCUUCAUCAUUAUUUGCAUCACUAUUCAAAAUUGAUAAUAAAGUAGAGAAUAAAAUUAAUAUUGACACUCCUACAAAUUAAGAAAACAAAUAACAAUAAAGUAAUUCUUAAAAACAAGAAAUUUUAACACCAUUACAUAAUUCUAUGGGUUUAAAUUGUUAAUGGAAAUCAUCAUCUGAUGAUUAAAAAAAAAAUAAUCUAAUAAAUAUCAAUAGUAGUGAUCCUAAACCAGUUGAAUAAUAAAAACAAUCUCCUUUUGCAUUUUCAUAAAAAUAAAUACCACAAAUUGACAAUACAAAAUCUGAAAAUUUGUCUUCUGAUCCACUAAUAAAAUAGGUAGCCACUCCUGUUAAAUAAAUAGAUAAUCCAUUUUUAUAAUAAUCUCCAAAAAUAGAUUAAGAACAAAUACAUUCAUAUUUUUCAAAUAAUUCUUGUUAGAGUAGAAUUCCUUAGGAAGAACCUGCAAAAGUUUAGACUUCUCAAUUUUAAAAUAGUUUAUUUAAAUAAUAAUCAAAUGCACUAUCUUAACUUAAUACUUUACUUCCAUAACCACAACAAUCCCAAACUUCAAUUUUUUCUUUCUAAUAGAAUUCCUAAUAAAAUUAAUUCCAAUAAUAAAAUUCUUUAUUUUCAUUAGGUGUAAACACAAACAGAAUCAUAAAUAAUAAUGCUAUCAAUAAUUAAAUGGAAAUUACAGACAUGAAUUAAGCACCUCCUUAAUAAUUCUAAUUUGGAUAGUAAAUGUAAACCUAAAAUACUUUUGGAUCAUUUCUUUAACCUUAACUUGGAACUAAUGGAUUAUUUUCAUAGACAUCAUCAUAAACUCCAAAUCUUAGUGCAAUUUCUUAUUUUUAGAAUAUGCCUUUGUAACAAAAUGAAUUGGCUACUUAAUUAUUUCAACCUCCUCUUAAUUAGUAAUCUGGUGGUAAAAUUUAUUUAUUAUUUCAAGGUUUAUUUUAAUAAGAUCCUCCAAAGACAACAAAUUAAUCAUAAAGUUUAAAUAGUAGUUUUUAAAGUAAAAAUGGCAAAAAGAAAUAAAGAAUUUGA